CAUGAAUCCAUCCACCAGAAUCAGCAACUAAUAACGGCUCAUUUCUUUCUUUAGCUCUCUGGUUCAAGGGAGGGAAAGAGAGAGGAGAAUGUCACUGAGAAUGUGGGCAUCUUCAACGGCCAAUGCACUUAGAAUCGCUUCUGGUGCUAGAACCAGUCUCUCUCCAACAUUCUCUCUCUCGAGGUGCUUCUCUACAGUUUUAGAUGGACUAAAAUAUGCGUCUUCCCAUGAGUGGGUGAAGCAUGAUGGCUCAGUGGCUACAAUCGGCAUCACUGAUCAUGCCCAGGACCAUCUCGGAGAGGUAGUUUUUGUAGAGCUGCCGGAAUUGGGUGUAUCUGUUUCAAAAGGUGGCAGCUUUGGAGCUGUGGAGAGUGUGAAAGCAACCAGUGAUGUUAAUUCCCCUGUUUCUGGUGAGGUUGUUGAGGUCAAUACCAAGCUGAGCGAUUCACCUGGUUUGAUCAACUCAAGCCCAUACGAAGAGGGAUGGAUGAUCAAGGUGCGACCCAGUAGCCCAUCAGAACUGGAAUCCUUGCUGGGUUCAAAGGAGUAUACGAAAUUUUGUGAGGAAGAAGACGCUGCGCAUUAGAUAGAAGUAUGUUAUUGGGUUCUGGUCACACUAACUAGUUUUCAGCCUCUCUUGAUGUUAACAUAUGAAUCAGACAGUUGAGGCUAUCAUGGAUUACUGUGCAAUUUCUUCUUAGUUAUUAAGAAAUCAAAGGCUAGUCCCUCUUCCUUUCUGUUA